CUUGGCUCCCCCUCUCUUCUUCUUCCUCUUCUCCUGCCAUUCCCACUUCCCAUUCCUCUCCCGACCCUCUUCGCGGGCCGCCGAGGCAUGGCGCAGCAAGCGUGGCAGCUAUCGUCGCGAAGGCCGCGCGGAGCGAUCUGUGCCCGAAAGCCAUGGUGACCGAUGCCCGAGUGCCAUGGCCAACAAGACGGCGGACGAACUCGGGGAGGACAAGGACGAGCCCGCGCUGUCGCGGCCAGAGCUCUUGGGCCGCUUGCUCGCGGCAGGCUCAACCGACGCGCCCCCUCCUCUGCGCGGGGCGACCUGA